AUGGCCAACUAUAGUAGUAAGUACAUUCGAGAUUUUGCAACACUAACUGCUCCCCUUCGUGACCUGACGAAAAAGGAUGUUCGUUUUGAGUGGACUCAAACACACCAAACUGCUUUUGAAAAGCUGAAAAACACGCUUGCAAUUGCUCCAUGUAUGUCAUAUUUCGACAAAAACAAACAAACUUUUGUGACAGUUGAUGCUAGUCCUGUAGGAAUUUCUGGGAUUCUUUCUCAGAAACCAAGAAACGGUGACGUAGACAGUCAACAGAUAAUUGCAUAUGCCAGCCGAGCGCUGACUGAUACAGAAAAGAGAUACUCCCAGACGGAAAAGGAAGCGUUAGCGAUAGUAUGGGCAGUUGAACAUUUCCAUUUAUUUUUAUUGGGAAGUGAAUUUACACUAAUAACUGACCAUAAACCUUUAGAAAUUAUUUAUGGCCAACGUACAGCCAAAACAUCUGCACGAAUUGAAAGAUGGGUGCUUCGCCUCCAACCAUAUACAUUUAAGAUAAUCUAUAAAUCAGGUGCCAGCAACCCUGAGGACUAUCUUUCCCGUCAUCCAACAAACGAAAGCAAACGAAAACAGGAGAAGAUGACGGAACAAUAUAUUAAUUUUAUAACUGAGAACA